CCUUUUUUUUUUUUUUUUUUUUUUUUUUUUUUACUCGCUCCUAAAGGUGUGAGGAGUCCUACGUGUUUUUGUUUCCCGCGCCGGAAUGAGCGCUGAAGGUAAGGCAGCCGAGCUGUUGUGCCUGGGUUAUGUGUCUUUAUGAUUUACGAGCCUGACUCCAGCCGCGGUUCAACCAGAGUUCAUAAAGCUGCAUGCCUCCAGACUUAUUCUCUGGCUCACUCACUGCAUUUUGCUCUCCUCUUGCUCAAAAAUAAUUUGGUUUUGUUUAAUUUCGGAAGAAGGGCGGCGAAUUUAAUUUAUUUCCCCCCUCCCCCUUUCUCUCUUUGGGACGCUGCAGAAAAAGAUGGAUUUUUAUCUCAGUGCGGGGCACAAACCGUGCAGCUUCUGCAGCACAGUAUAGAUAUUUGUAUAAUUUUGCAUUUGAUGGAUGACUUUUUCAGCAGAUUGUGAUACAACAUUUAAUUUUCCCCCGGUUGCAAACAGAGCUAUUCUUUAACAGAACAAAGGCUGUUAUUUUUAAGGCCUAACACCGCGGAGGACACAAUAAAGCCUCGUUAAUUUUUAAACUGAUUUUCUAUAGAAAUGUUAUGUAAUUAUUAUUGUUAUUAUUUUCCUUUUUAAAGGUUUCUUUGUAUAAUAACAGAUAGACACGCAUUCAGAAAAACAGACCUCUUUAUUUCUUUCCAACCAUUUUAAUUAUUAUUUGACCCAUAUUCUAAAAAAAUUAAUUAAAAAAAAAAGCAUAUCGCUUUCGAUAGAAAACGCAAAACGUAAUUAUUAUUAUUAUUAUUAUCAUUAUUAUUAUUUAUUUUUGUGUGUUUCUCAACCAAAGUCCUCGUUUUGUCUGGCAGCCCUGCUUGCCAUUCAUGUCAGCUUACUAUUGAGUUGAUAAGAUGGAUCAUUUAAUCUCCUCCCUGAUUCAGUCUUUCUUUUCUUCUCCCUCCUGGAUCCUCUCAGGCCUGAAGCCUUCGGCUCUCUGGAAACCUGCCAUGUGACAUUUGGCUGCCAGCAGUGCACCAGAAGGUCAAAGGGGGCCGCGGUGCACAUUUCAUGGAAAUGCAGAGCAACGUCCACCACCACAGUUGCAGCCAUCCUCACGGAUUCUUCAUCGAGCCUGUGGAUGGUGCGUCUGGUUUUGGGGGCUCCCGUCAACCCCCGACCCACCAGCAUGCAGAGGAGCUUCCACGGAGGUCCAAAUCGCAAAGCCCCAAUAAGUAUACAAUGAGCAAAAAGGUUUUCCCCUGGAUGAAAGAGUCGAGACCCUCCAAUCAGAAUCCCCACAGGGGGGUUGCAGAUUGCACCGAGAAGUCUCCUUGCUCGAGCCAGGCCUCUAAGCGCACGCGCACCGCGUACACGAGCGCGCAACUGGUGGAGCUGGAGAAGGAGUUUCACUUCAGCCGCUACCUGUGCAGGCCGCGGCGGGUGGAGAUGGCCAGCCUUCUCAACCUGAACGAGAGGCAGAUCAAGAUCUGGUUCCAGAACCGGAGGAUGAAGCAGAAGAAGGACCAGCGAGUGCAGGGCCUCACCGCGACGAGCACCAGCUCCUGCUCCCCUCCGUCCUCCCCCUCCGCCGCGGGCAGCCCCACUCUGGCGAGCCUGGGUUAUGUCCAUCUGGGUGCUGAUUACCAGCCGCCCUCCCCUCCGCUCAAACAGCCCCAGCAGCAGGCUUACCCGGUAGGAUACUCCAAAUAUACAGCCCCGAGCUUCACGCACGACCCGCACUUUGACACGGCGCAGUACAACACGCAGGACAGCACCGCAGACUCGAACCAGGGACUGGACGGCCACGGCGGGUCGUACUUCUCGCAGGCCUGCACACCUCAGGACAGAAUCAUGCAAGCUCCAAAACUGACCCAUCUCUAGGAUUUCUGCACGCAACGCUGAUAAUUAUCCACUGGUUUUAAAAAUAAGUAUUUAUUUAUAAUUAGCAUAUUCGGAUUUAUAUUUGAAGCAUGCUUCCUUUAGCUUCAGUUAGUCCAUUUCAAAAAGCUCAAGAUGCACAUAAGUACAACUUGGUAUUUAGGCAAUUAAAAACAGAUUAUGUUAAGGUUCCAACCCAUUAUGCAUGGUCUACAAAUUAGAAGAAGAAACGCCAUGCUGAAUGGAAAAUCCUUUGUUUUUUUUUAGUUAAUUUCUCUUAAGAAGCACCUAAACUCGGCUUUAACUGCAGGGCCCGUUUAGGAGGACUAUAUUCUGCGAAAUUCCCACAUUAUUAUAACUCCUAAGCAGAGCAGAGGAGGGGGAAAAGGCUCCGUCUCUGGCUCUUAAACGGGCCUUUGUUUCUUUUAUGGCUCAAAAUGGACCAAACAAGCUGUCAGCGUUUAUAAGGAGUCGUGAUGGAUCACUGAAUUCACUGCGCUGACUGUUUCAGGGACCAUGCCUCACUCAGCCUCCGUCCUGCAAGUCUGACAAACACAAAAAUGGAGAUUGGGAUCCCGGAGCUCAGAAAAAAGCAACUAAAAUGAAGAGAGCUACAAAAAACAACAACAA